AUGUCAACAACCAUCCGCAGCUUCACUUCACCAGACUGUUUGCGCCCGCUCAAAUUCCGUCUUCGUUUCACUCCUCUCUCUAUCCAUCAAUCUACUCCUCCGAGUCCUCAGCACCGGAAAACCAAGGUCGUCUAUGCGUUGAUAAUAAUCAACAAAGCCGGCGGUCUGAUCUACCAGCGCGACUUCGCAGAGGGCCUCAACAAGCUCACUGUCAACGAUUACCUCGUGCUAGCCGGUACAUUUCACGGAAUACACGCAAUAACAACCCGGCUUCACCCCCUCUCUUCCUCCUCGUCACCCUCCCCUUCGGCCUCCGCGCCCGACGAGCGCCCCCCGCCACCGUCCGGCAUCGAGGUGCUCGAGACGGAGAACUUCCGCCUGCAGUGCUUCCAGACGCUCACGGGCACCAAGUUCCUCUUGUUCACGGAGCCGCAGCAGCCGAACACGGACCGGGUGCUGCAGGAGAUCUACCGGCUGUAUGGGGACUAUGUGAUGAAGAACCCGUUCUACCAGCUCGAGAUGCCCGUCAGGUGCGAGGGGUGGGAGAGGAGGGUUGUGGCGUUUGUGAGGGGCAUUAAUUCGAGAUGA